AAAUAGAUCUAAUAUACAACAAUCUAACUCUUAAUAUAUUUCAUAAUACAUAAAAAGAUAUAGAAGAAGAUGGCAUUAUCCUCCAGCUCUUCCAAGUCUUCAUUGGCCAUGAUCAUGAAGGUGGCCGCGCUGGUGGCACUGGUUUUGGUGGCGACUGAGGUGGACGGACAGAGCUGCAAUAGGCACUUGAGUGGACUGAACGUGUGUGGUGAGUUUGUCGUUCCUGGAGCCGACAAGACGAACCCGAGUGCCGAGUGUUGCAGCGCUCUCGAGGCAGUGCCGAGCGAAUGCCUUUGCAACACGAUGCGCAUUGCCUCUAGGCUCCCCACUCGCUGCAGCAUCCCUACGCUUUCAUGCAGCUGAUGAUAUGGACGUUAUUAUAUCUAUGAGAAGCAUGGGAAGAGAUCAUGGAGAUAUAAGAUAUUUAAGAAUAAAGACUCUUGAGUUUGAGCUGUAGUUUUUUUUUUUUUUUUUUAUGUUUGUCGCUUAAAAACCAAAGCGUUUGGAAUAAAAAGAUGAAUAAUAUUAAAGUGAAAUUAUUAA